AUGAGCAAAAGCGCCCCAGGACCUCCAUUUAACGACUACAUCAAGUCAUACGAUAUCCACACCUACUACAACGUUGGCCACGAGCCCUCGCGGCAAGAAGCCUUUGAGCUUCGCGAAAAGCUCCAAAAGGACUUUGCCAAAGAAAUUGCCGCCGGCGAACUCAAUGUCUACCGCAUGUGGGAUAAAGCCAUUGGCCCUCACAUCACAGCAAUGUGGGAGUGCGAUUUCAAGUCUCCAGAACUCUUUUCGCGAAUUGUCCCAUGGUAUCAAUGGAACCACGGCAAUCUGUCCGUACUUAUCCACCCGCACACUGAAAGAGGUGGAUUGAUUGAUCACACUCAACAUGCCCUGUGGCUAGGAACUAAGAUCCCACUUAUUGAAGACGUUCUUAAACAAUAA